AUGGCGACUCCAACAUCCACGCUAUCUCUGCAUGAACGAACAAGGGUCGAAGAUUAUCUAAACGACAAAAUUCAGGUGUCGGCCGAUUUCGAAAGUCUUGACUCAUUGCUGUCUAGUCUUCGCUCCCAGCAUGAGCUCCAACGAAAGCAGUUAGCAGAAGCACAGGAAGCACUAUCGAAAGCGACAAAGGCCUCUAGCGACCAUGCCGAAGCCACUCGAAAGCGUGCCGAGGCGUUUAAUGAGCACCAGGCGGAUAUCGAUAGGCGGUUGAAAGCCCUCACUGGGUCAGAUGCGAGCGACGAAGCGGCAAAGCGAUUUGAAGCGAGUAUAGAAAAGCUGCGUAAGCUGGAGCUGUCAAAGGGAUAUGUGUCCUUGCUCAAGGAAGCGGAGGAAUUGAGCAAGGAAGCCUUAACAUGCAUACAGCCUUCACCCAAAUUGGCCAUCAAGCCAUAUACCCGGCUAAGGACCAUCGUCCAAUCCUUGAAAGAAGCUCAGCCUGCAGCAGAAGGGGCUGCCCCUCACCUGGUCGACUAUAUCGGAAAGCUAGCAUCUGCAUUGAGAGAUCACAUGAAAACCGACUUCACUAAGCGGCUACAGGGAACAUUGGAGGAGAUGAAGUGGCCGUCGAAGGACCUGUAUUUUCCGGAUAAUCUAAGAGCACAGUGGAAAGAAUAUGUGGAGUUGCUCCUCGACCUUCAGACACCUGAACUUCACAGCCGUGACAUUUCGAAAGAGGAACCCGUCAAGCCUCCAAUCUUACUACCGCUGGAAGUGAUGGUACAUCCACUGGAGCUUCGCUUCAAAUACCACUUCAGCGGGGACAGGCCAACAAACCGGCUUGACAAGCCGGAAUAUUUCCUUGCUCAUCUGACGGACCUCCUUAACAACUUUGGCGGGUUUUUUGCUUCAUCCUUGCAGCCUAUCUUCGACGAAAAGGCACAAGCUGUCGGAUCUGAUCUGGAGUGGAAUUUUUACAACGCCUCACAUGCCUACAUUACGGCUCUUUUGCCAAUUCUGAGACAUAAGAUAGCCUCAUAUUUGCCUCAAAUCUCAAGCCACCCGCAGUUGCUGAGUCACUUCGUCCACGAGUUAAUGAAUUUCGACAACGAAAUCCGUGAAUCGUGGAAUUACCUACCAGAUCCUUAUACUGAUAAUAAUUGGAAGGGCAUGACGUGGGAGGUGCUAACCGAACAAGGGUGGUUUGAGCGUUGGCUUCAGGUUGAGAAAGAUUUUGCCUUGGCACGGUAUAAGGAAAUUGUAGAUGCGCCGGAUAGUGGUCAUAUCGAUUAUGACGGUGUCGAUCGUUCUGCGACAAAGCCUACUAAAGCUGCAAUCCGUGUCAACGAUCUUCUCGAGACAAUAACAGAGCGUUACCAGCCUCUGUCGUCAUUCAGCCAGAAGUUACGCUUUCUCAUUGACAUCCAGAUCACGAUAUUUGACCAAUUCCAUGAACGGCUGCAUUCAGCGCUGGAAGCCUACCUUGCAAUGACGUCGACGAUUGGCCGCACAGUGCAGGGUGCUGAUGGAACUAGUGUGGAGGGUGUUGCAGGGCUAGAACGGCUCUCCAGAGUUUUCGGAAGCGCCGAAUAUCUUGAGAAGAAAAUGGAAGACUGGAGUAACGAAGUGUUCUUCGUAGAGCUUUGGUCUGAACUUCAAGAACGAGUCCGACAGAACAAGGAUGGCGGCAAGAACGUGGCUGGCUCGAUGUCUGUUGCGGACGUUGCCUCGCGGACGUCUCAAGCUGUGACGAAUGGUAACGAUCAUGGAGAGGCCUCUGAGGGCGCCUUGUUCGAUGAGACAGCAUCCGCAUAUCGCCGCCUGAGGCUCCGCUCAGAAUCCAUCAUUACGUCAACUUUGACUUCAAACAUGCGCACCGCCCUUAAACCCUACUCUCGCGUUUCGACGUGGGCAACUGUUUCUACUAGUUUGGCUUCUCCUUUGCCUCCUACUUCGGAUCUUUCGCCGGCAAUGCGUACUCUAUCCACCGAGAUCUCCUUCCUUUCUCGCACCCUGGGCGUCGCACCCUUGCGUCGUAUCGUCCGCCAAGUGCUUCUCUCCAUCCAAACCUACAUCUGGAAUAAUAUUCUUACGAGGAAUAUGUUCUCCGCUGCAGGGGCAACGCAGCUAGUAAGCGAUGUUGAGCAUCUCUGCAAUGUCGUUGAUGCGGCCCUUGGUCCGGCGGCUCAGGUUGGCAGCUCAGCGAACGUGCUUAGGAAACUUAAUGAGGGCCUCACCCUUCUCGGACUGAGUAUCAGUGGGCCAAAGUCAGCAGAGAAUGGGUCUGCAUCGCAGGACAGCGAUCAGCAGGGAACGUCGCCGCUGGGACUGUGGGACGUAGAGAAGAGGUUGUUCAAGGACAACGAAAGCGCAAGGGUUGUCCUUGGUGAAUUGAAUAUCGAAACUCUCUCCGAAGCGGAGGCGAGAAGUGUUCUGGAGAAGCGAGUCGAAAUCAGUAGUUAA